AUGAAAAAAGAAAAUUUAAUAAUUAAUAAAAAAGAAGUAUUAAAACAAAUUAAAUCAACUUUAAUAAGAUAUAUGCAUUAUCCAGAGACAAGUAUAACUGCAUUUAACACUGAUAAUGAUAAUAAUAAUACUAGUGAAAAUGACGAUGAAGGUUAUGCAUUAUUUAAUCCAUUGAUUCAAACAACAGUUCAAGGUCAAAUAGCAUCUUUAGGCGAAUAUAUAUCAUGGAUAUUAGGAAAUGAAGAAGUACUGGAAAAUAUAAAUUUAGAAUAUAAUAAAAUGCACAAUCUUAUGCCUAGUGAUGCGGAUUAUGAUAAUAAAGGUGUUAAUUCUAACGUUACAAGUGGUUAUUGUCGAUUAAAGUCGAAUAUGUUAAGAGUUAACCUCAAUGAUCAUUAUAAUAUGAACGAGGAAUCGAAGCAUAAAAGGAUUAAACCGAAACAGAAAGUGGAAACACAAAAGUCAGAAAAGUUAGUUUCCUCGUCGUUAUCAUCACCCUCAGUGUUUUCACAUAAAACAAAUAGUCAACGUGAUCCAGUAUCAGGUUAUGCUAAUGAUGAAAGAAAACUGAUGAACAGAAUGCCUCUCGAUAUUGACAUCAAAGUUAAUGGUAAAAGAAAGAAAGUAAAACGUAAGAAUCACACUACUCAUCAUAAAAUUUUACAUGAUAAUAAUAAUAUAGACUUUCCAAUAUCAAACUAUUGGUACUAUGAUAUGAAAUUAAAAACUAUGCAUAACUCUAAGAAAUCCAAUGAGAAUUUGUUUGGAACGGUGAAAUAUACAUGUACUUCAACUCUGUAA